AUGAACCGCCAGCUCUGGAAGAAGGUAUUCGGCGCCGUCGGGCCAGGGCUGGUUCCAGCUCCAGGGCGCUGGGUCUCCAGCUCCGCCCCCGUCCCCAACGACGGGCAGCUGCAGCCACUGCAGCAGCAAGUGCCGUCUUCGGAGGGCGGGCAGCAGCGGUACAACCCUCUGCACAUCCAGAUGCUCUCGAGAGGGCUACACGAGCAGAUCUUCGGGCACGACGGGGAAACGCCCGGCGAGGCCGCGGUGCGCCGCAGCGUCGAGCACCUGCAGAAGCACGGGCUCUGGGGGCAGCCGAUCACGCCCUUGCCCGACGUGGAGCUGUCCCUGCCGCCCCUCUACGGGGGCAACCUGGACCAGCACUUCCGCCUCCUGGCCCAGAAGCAGAGCCUGCCUUACUUGGAGGCGGCCAACUCGCUGUUGCAGGCCCAGCUGCCCCCCCAGCCCCCGAGCUGGGCCUGGGCGGAGGGCUGGACCCGGUACGGCCCCGUGGGGGAGGCCGUACCCGUGGCCAUCCCCGAGGAGCAGGCCCUGGUGUUCGACGUGGAGGUCUGCUUGGCAGAGGGAACUUGCCCCACGUUGGCGGUGGCCAUAUCCCCCUCGGCCUGGUAUUCUUGGUGCAGCCGGCGGCUGGUGGAAGAGCGUUACUCUUGGACCAGCCAGCUGUCGCCGGCUGACCUCAUCCCCCUGGAGAUCCCUGCCAAUGCCAGCCGCCCUAGCCAGCGGGAUUGGCAGGAGCAGUUAGUGGUGGGGCACAAUGUUUGCUUUGACCGAGCCCACAUCAGGGAGCAGUACCUGAUCCAGGGCUCCCGAAUGCGCUUCCUGGACACCAUGAGCAUGCACAUGGCCAUCUCAGGGCUAAGCGGCUUCCAGCGCAGCCUAUGGAUGGCUGCCAGGCAGGGCAAGAACAAGGCCCGGCACCUCACACAGAGAGGCCAGAAGUCUCAGAACAAAGCCAGGGGCCCAGUGAUCUCAUCCUGGGAGUGGCUGGACAUCAGCAGUGUCAACAACCUGGCAGAUGUGCAUAGCCUCUAUGUCGGGGGCCCUCCCCUAGAGAAGGAGUCACGAGAACUAUUUAUCAAGGGCAGCAUGAAGGAUAUCCGUGAGAACUUCCAGGACCUGAUGCAGUACUGUGCCCGGGAUGUGUGGGCUACCUAUGAGGUUUUCCAGCAGCAGCUACCACUCUUCUUGGAGAGGUGUCCCCACCCGGUGACUCUGGCCGGUAUGCUGGAGAUGGGUGUCUCUUACCUGCCUGUCAACCAGAACUGGGAGCGUUACUUAGCAGAAGCCCAUAGCACCUACGAGGAGCUCGAGCGGGAGAUGAAGAAGUCACUGAUGGACCUGGCCAAUGACGCCUGCCAGCUGCUCACAGGAGAGAGGUAUAAAGAGGACCCCUGGCUCUGGGACCUGGAGUGGGACCUGCAGGAAUUUAAGCAGAAGAAGGCAAAGAAGGUGAAGAAGAAGGAACCACCUACAGCCAGAAAGUUGCCCAUCGAGGGAGCUGGGGCCCCUGGGGAUCCCAAGGAUCAGGAAGACCCUGGCCCCCCCAGUGAGGAGGAGGAGUUUCAGCGCGAUGCCACAGUGCGUGCCUGCCUGCAACAGCUGAAGGAGACCACAGAACUCCUGCCCAAGAGGCCCCAGCACCUUCCUGGACACCCUGGGUGGUACCGGAAACUCUGCCCUCGGCUAGAUGACCCUGCGUGGACCCCAGGCCCCAGCCUCCUCAGCCUACAGAUGAGGGUCACACCCAAACUCAUGGCACUGACCUGGGACGGCUUCCCACUGCACUACUCAGAGAAGCAUGGCUGGGGCUACCUGGUGCCGGGGCGGCGGGACAACCUGUCUAAGGUGCCAGUGGGCACCGCUGUAGCGUUGGCUGGGGUGGCCUGCCCCUACAGAGCCAUCGAGUCCCUGUACAGGAAGCACUGUUUCGAACAGGGGAAACAACAGCCAGAGUCCCAGGAGGCAGGCCUAGCUGAGGAGUUUCUGCUCACCGACAAUAGCACCAUGUGGCAGACGGUAGAAGAACUGGGCUGCUUAGAACUGGAGGCUGAGGCCAAGAUGGAGAACUUUAGAUCAGCAGUGCCAGGUCAACCUCCAGUUCUGACUGCCCCUGGUGAUCCAAAAGCCAGCCAUCCUACCUAUCAUCAUGGCAAUGGACCUUACAAUGAUGUGGAUGUCCCUGGUUGCUGGUUUUUCAAGUUGCCUCACAAGGAUGGUAACAACUGCAACGUGGGCAGCCCUUUUGCCAAGGACUUCCUGCCCAAGAUGGAGGAUGGCACCCUGCAGGCUGGCCCAGGAGGUGCCAGUGGGCCCCGUGCCCUGGAAAUCAACAAAAUGAUUUCUUUCUGGAGGAACGCCCAUAAACGCAUCAGCUCCCAGAUGGUAGUAUGGCUGCCCAGGUCAGCUCUGCCCCGUGCUGUGACCAGGCACCCUGACUACGACGAGGAAGGCCGCUAUGGGGCCAUCCUGCCCCAGGUGGUGACUGCCGGGACCAUCACUCGCCGAGCUGUGGAACCUACAUGGCUUACUGCCAGCAAUGCCCGGCCCGACCGAGUAGGCAGUGAGUUGAAGGCCAUGGUGCAGGCCCCACCUGGCUAUGUCCUCGUGGGUGCUGACGUGGACUCACAGGAGCUGUGGAUUGCAGCUGUGCUUGGAGACGCCCAUUUUGCUGGCAUGCAUGGCUGCACAGCCUUUGGGUGGAUGACACUACAGGGCAGGAAGAGCAGGGGCACUGAUCUGCACAGUAAGACAGCUGCAACGGUGGGCAUCAGUCGUGAGCAUGCCAAGGUCUUCAACUAUGGCCGCAUCUAUGGGGCUGGGCAGCCCUUUGCUGAACGCCUUCUAAUGCAGUUCAAUCACCGGCUCACACAACAGGAGGCUACUGAGAAGGCCCAGCAGAUGUAUGCUGUCACCAAGGGCCUCCGCCGGUAUCGGCUAUCGGAUGAGGGCGAGUGGCUGGUGAGGGAGUUGGACCUCCUUGUGGACAGGACUGAAGAUAGCUGGGUUUCCAUGCAGGAUCUGCGCAAGAUCCAGAGAGAAGCUUCAAGGAAGUCACGCCGGAAGAAGUGGGAGGUGGUUGCUGAGCGAGCAUGGAUGGGGGGCACAGAGUCAGAAAUGUUCAAUAAGCUGGAGAGCAUUGCCAUGUCUGACACACCGCGUACCCCAGUGCUGGGCUGCCGCAUCAGCCGAGCCCUGGAGCCCUCGGCCGUCCAGGGAGAGUUUAUGACCAGCCGUGUGAAUUGGGUGGUGCAGAGCUCUGCUGUGGACUACUUACACCUCAUGCUUGUGGCUAUGAAGUGGCUGUUUGAGGAGUUUGGCAUUGAUGGGCGCUUCUGUAUCAGCAUCCAUGAUGAAGUCCGCUACUUGGUGCGGGAGGAGGACCGAUACCGUGCUGCCCUGGCCCUGCAGAUCACCAACCUCUUGACCAGGUGCAUGUUUGCCUACAAGCUGGGUCUCAAUGACCUGCCCCAGUCAGUCGCCUUUUUCAGUGCAGUCGAUAUUGACCAGUGCCUCAGGAAGGAAGUGACAAUGGAUUGUAAAACCCCUUCCAAUCCAACUGGGAUGGAAAGGAGAUACGGGAUUCCCCAGGGUGAAGCACUGGAUAUUUACCAGAUAAUUGAACUCACCAAAGGCUCCUUGGAAAAACGAAGCCAGCCUGGACCAUAG